CUCAGAGAGACAGAAAUUAAAGAGAGAGAGAGGGGAGGAAAAGAGGUGUGUCUACAAGCUUUGGCAUGGGCUGGGAGAUCACCAUGUUUAGUUGCAUGAUUGGACUUGUAAGAUUUUGUGAUGGAUCGUGUUUUAAUGCAUGCAGUAAAUGCAGCAUGCGAGUGACCGUUUCUGGACCCAGAUCUGCAUGCGCGGGGCCUCCAGGCCGAGGACGGAUCACCGGUUACGCGUGUGUGUGAGCAGCGGGGGCAGCCUGAAAGAUGAUGACAGUGGAGAUCACGACCAGGACAACAGUUCACCGAAAGAUGGGGAGAAGGAAAAAAAUGAGGAAGAGGAGAAGGACUCAAACACUACCAAGAGAAAGGUGGCAGUCCCAGGGGCUGGUGAGCACCCUCUUCAGUACAACUACACGUUCUGGUAUUCUCGUCGCACACCAGGACGGCCAACCAGCACACAGAGCUACGAACAGAACAUUAAACAGAUCGGCAGCUUUGCUUCGGUGGAGCAGUUCUGGCGUUUUUAUAGUCACAUGAUCCGACCGGGUGAUCUGACUGGUCACAGCGAUUUCCAUCUGUUUAAGGAAGGAAUCAAACCCAUGUGGGAGGAUGAUGCUAAUAAGAGUGGAGGUAAAUGGAUCAUCCGGCUUCGUAAAGGCCUGGCGUCACGCUGCUGGGAGAAUCUGAUUUUGGCCAUACUGGGUGAGCAGUUCAUGGUGGGCGAGGAGAUCUGUGGGGCCGUUGUGUCCGUUCGCUUCCAGGAGGAUAUCAUUUCUAUCUGGAAUAAGACGGCCAGUGACCAGGCCACCACUGCUCGCAUUAGAGACACUUUACGCAGAGUCCUCAACCUGCCUCCUAAUACCAUUAUGGAGUAUAAAACACACACCGACAGCAUCAAGGCUUGGGAGGAUUUCCACGGUCUAGUGAACGCAAGUGGAGGCCGCUAGUUUGUCAUCUGGAGAGUGUGUGACAGAUUAUCAAGAUAUUUUUCCCACCGAAGAUGACGUUUCCGAGGAAUUGAUCUGUUUUUUAAAGAAAAACAAACGCGACAUCAUGAAAAGUGUUUACUAUUGAAGACGUACGGCUUCUGUUUUUAUAAUCAUCCAAAAUCCACAUCAGCUGAAAACUCUCACAGAAGAAGAAGAAAAAGAAGAGACCAAAUCAUCAACAUGUGAACAAAUGUUUUCCAGUCAGUCAUUAGCUGGAGCUUUCAGAGGGACACAGCGGGACCACAUAGUUCAGCCACUGUGACAUGAACUGCCACCGUUUUCCAAGAAGAAAAACAACAACAUGCCCUUGUGUAGUACAGUCACAUUUAUCUGAAUUAUCAUCUGAAUAACAUGAAGAUGGCCUGAGAGGAAGACAGGAUUCAUUUAGGUCCCAUUAUUUACCAAUGAGUUUGCAGGUUGAUGGGGAUAUUUUACUAUAGUGCAGUAUUUUAGCUACAGUGUUUAGUUGUUUUAAAAUAGAACUGUUGUACAAAAAAAUUAUAUUUCUAAACGUAUUCGGAGAGCUCUAUUAUGGCAAAUUUUUUAUUUCUUCUGAGUUGAGAGAGUGUAAACCCAAAGGACAGUGCCCUGUUAGGGAUGGGUACCACGCUGCCUCAUUCACUGUGCCUGGCCUUCGCCUCCAGCAAAUCACUGAUUUUCAAGAUUGCUCGACAUCCUGGCACUCCGCUGGAGGAGACCACACUGGAGACGCGACUCAUAGGACUCCAAGCCCUGUUUAGAAAUCACUCAAAUAACUAAAAAACACUGAUCUGUUAAUGGGGCUGUGUAUCAACACCUACUUUAUACUGCCUGAAAUUCAGUGCUGGACAGCUGUAUUCAAGGUACAUUAAAAAAAGUGGAAAGGAAAGGUUUUUAAUUAUGAUUGAGCACAGCAAUAAAUGUUGAUUAUGCAUCUGCUGCUA